AUGGAAGAGAACGAGGAGGAUGUUGAGAAAGACAUUGGGAAUGACUUGGAGGUUGAGGAGGAGGUUCCUGAUGGCGAAGUCGUUCCCCUGGACCUCACCCCACGCGAUGGCGGCGAUGGCGGCGGUGACGCGGUGUGCGUCCCUGUGAUUGACUUGGGACUCUGUGGGGCUAAGGGUGGGGGUCACGGCCCCCACCCUCUCCUCAUCCCCUUCGGCCCUCCCCCACUCAUGGGACCCUACGGGGCGUUUGUGGUGUCCGCUGGGUUUCCCUCGGCACAACACGCAAGGCUGAAGCGACGACCCCUGCCCUUCGACUACGAGAUCGGAGAAACCGGCUCCCCACAGAAGCUUGUGCGCCGGAUCUUCACUAACAGCCGCGAGCGCUGGCGCCAGCAGAACGUGAACGGGGCCUUCUCCGAGCUCCGUCGCCUGCUGCCCACACACCCCCCCGACCGCAAGCUCAGCAAGAACGAGAUCCUGCGGCUGGCCAUGCGCUACAUUGACUUCCUCGUCGCCUUGUUGCGUGACCAGUCCACCACCAGCUCGACCUCAUCCACCACCACCUCGUCCACCUCCUCGUCCACCUCCUCGUCCACCUCCUCCUCCUCCUCAUCGUCCACCAUCAAUGCGGUAGCGGCAGCGGCCGCGCUCGUGGCAUCGUCCACCACCUCGUGGAGGGGUGACGUCGCAGGAGGAGGUGGAGGAGGUCGCGCUGGGGAUAUGACCGUGGGCACUGGGUCACCGUGACCUUCGAGGUGGUGGAGGAGGAGUUGGUGGAGUUGGCGGUGGAGGAGGUGGUGGAGAAGGUGGUGGAGGAUUUGGU